AUGUCUGCUAUGGAGCGAAAGGCUCUAGCGGUCGCCGCCUACGUUCUUUUGAACGCUUGCUGGAUUCUUUACGUAUUCAAAGCAUACAGAUCGACGGAAAAGUUCCACCUGCAAUCGGAUUUGCUACCUGCUUAUGAUGAACGAAUCAACGAUGUCGAGCAGCAAUUUCAACAAGCUCUAAGCACUCUAUCGAGGACAUGCCAAGGUUCGGAGUGCGCCAGGUCAGAGCUAUUGAGGUACAACAUCUUUCAGAGGCAAACGGUAGCUGUUCAUGUUGGAAUGGCAAUGCGAUUCGUCUCGCUGUUGCAAGAAUACGAGAAGAAACAUUGUGGCAAUAACGAGAAGCUCAUAAGCUCCGAGCUCUCCUACUGUAAGUUUGUGAUAUGGAUACAAAGGUGA